CAAGUGUCGGCCGGCCGAGGUGCGCGCCUGCGUGUUGAAGACGGUCGCCGCGAUUCAGUCAAGCCAGGCAGUGAGUUUGUGAAGGAAAGGGUAAGGCGGGCCUUUUUCCCUUUCCGGAAAGGCGGGCGGGCGGAGGAGCCGGCGAGACUUGAGCCACCCACCGUCGCUCAAGAGAGUCUCGGAACUGGAAAAGGAGGGGGGAGACGCCCAGGCCUGCCCUGAGAGGGACUGACUGAAAGACGCCGGGCGCUCCCGCCCUUCCCCAUGAAGCCCCGCCCCCUUCUGAGCCAGCUCCGCCCCCGUUCUCUCGGAGGGGUCUCCAGGAGGGUCCCUUCGCGCCCCUCCGGUGGCACUAAACUGCAUUAAAUCCUCUCCACCUUCUCGUUUUUUCCUUGUUGGUGCCUGCCAGGGUGGUGCUUUCCCCCUUGCCACCUUUUGUCCUCCCAUCGCUUUGCUGUAGCUCAGAUUGACUGGCUUCCUGGUUGUGGUUGUAGUAAAUACACUUCAGCUUGCAUUGGGCUUCUAUCCAGCAGCGUGGUGUGUCUUCUUUUUUUCCCCCCUGUCACUGGGUGUAACAAGAACCCUUCUCUAUCUUCUUGUGGAUGCCUGUCUCUCUACUGCUACCAUCAUGGGCAAGGUACUGUCCAAGAUCUUUGGCAACAAGGAGAUGCGGAUCUUGAUGCUUGGCUUGGAUGCAGCAGGGAAGACCACCAUCUUGUACAAACUGAAGCUGGGCCAAGCGGUCACAACCAUCCCGACUGUGGGCUUCAAUGUAGAAACGGUGACUUAUAAAAAUGUCAAGUUUAACGUGUGGGAUGUUGGGGGCCAAGAUAAAAUCCGGCCUUUGUGGCGGCACUAUUACACGGGCACUCAGGGCCUGAUAUUUGUGGUGGACUGCGCUGAUCGGGACCGCAUUGAUGAGGCCCGCCAGGAAUUGCACCGUAUUAUCAAUGAUCGAGAGAUGCGGGAUGCCAUCAUCCUUAUCUUCGCCAACAAGCAGGACCUUCCUGAUGCCAUGAAGCCACAUGAGAUCCAAGAAAAACUGGGCCUGACCCGAAUCAGGGAUAGGAAUUGGUAUGUUCAGCCAUCCUGUGCCACCUCGGGUGAUGGACUCUAUGAAGGGCUGACAUGGUUAACAUCUAACUAUAAAUCCUAAUGAUUAUUUUAAACCAUGACAAACUGUUACUAGUCAUUAAGAGAGUUAGCACGCAUAAGGAACACUGUGGCUUCCCAGAAAACAAUGAUUCUCUUUACUAAAAAGUUCAGAAAUUAAGCAUCCAUAGGAUUUUAAUGAUUGCUCACCUCUUCUCCAAUUACCAUCCUUUCCUUCUGCACACUUGACUGCUUCCCAGUUAAAUAAAAAAUUUGCUUGGUGUUAAGAAAUGCUCUAAUCUUUAACUGUUAAUGAACAGAAGCAUUAAUUUCUGUGGCAAACUUCCAGCAAUGUGGGUUGGGGGGGAAGACACAGGUUGCAGCUUUGCAAAAUAUUUUUUCUCAAAUGUUGCAAUGCUUUGACUUCAUUUAUUUGGGUUCUGGGGCUAAAUGUAUCAUUUCUUUAAAAUGUAUGCUUUCGAGUUUGAUAGUUUUCUCCCUCAUUUAUUUUUGCUGUAAAUUUGCUUCUUUUUGCCAUGAUGCAGAAUAUGUUAGGUCUCUGUUAUCUAGUAAAAUGAAAACCACUGUUAAUGAAUUAACUGCAUUCUGUCCUCUUUAUGGCAAGAAUCUAAGAAAGGAAAUAAAAUUCUGAAUUCUUUUGGCCAUUUAUAAAUAAUAAAAGUAGCAUUUGAACAUAUGGUUGCACAUUAGAACCUGAUAUUAGUUUAUCUGGCCAACAACUUCAGAAUAUUGAAAGUAAGUUGUUAUAUCAUGCAUGUUUAAAAAUGCAAAUAAGUUUCCAUUCUAAAUAGUAACCAUAUGCAGGAUAUGAGAAUGGUGUCAAACCGCAGUUCCUGUACUUUGCAAUUUGUUAGCUUUUCAGCUGCAAUAUUAAGUAAUUGCAUUAUUUUCCAGUUCUAGUGCAAAAAAAAAAAUCACAUUCCAUGAAAUGCAGCAAUAAUUUAUAAGCAUCGCUGUGACAUGCAGUUUUUUAAAACACAAAACUUGAAUGGUAAAACUAUUCCUCUCAACAGUUGAGACAGGAUGGCAGUAUCACAAUUGGACUUAAAAGCAUCUCAAAUAAUAAAUAUUUUUGGAUCUUUAACUUGGCUUAAUGCAGCUUUAUGAACCUGAGAGGUAGGAAGGAACCUUCAUCUGCUUUUGUGUAAUUGUUAAACUUAAAUGCAUCAAAAUAAAAGGAUGUGAGAGUGUGGUUUGUGGAUGCCACUAAAUUAAGUGCAACAACUGAGUGGGUUUGGAAAACUUGGCUCUUUGUACACAAAAUCACGUUGAACAUAUACAGGCAAGUUCUACCCUUUCAUUCUGGCAGUACUUUUUACUUUGUCUUUUGGAUGUCUACAUUUAUAAAUCCCUUUGGAAGGGUAGCUAACGAUUGGGGUGGAGAGUGAGCAAAUGACUAUGAAUGUAAACUUCCAUGUUAUUUUUUUUAAGGCAAUCAUUAUUUUGCCAUAUCUCAUUCAAAUAUCUGAUUAGUUGUCGGGAGAUUAUUGUGAAUUCAGGUUAGCAUAAAAAUUUCAAUGAAGUAUUAAUACUGGUGCAAAAAUGUAACACAGCUGGUUUUUUAUUCAGCCUUAAGGAUUAAUUUUGAAUUUCCUCAAGGAGUAACACUCAUCUGAGGAAUUUUAGGAAUGUAUUACUACAAACCCAGAAGAAAAUUCCCAUUUUCUAAAGGGUAUCUGUUUAAAUUGGGGCAUUAUAUUACACUUCAGUGUUUUUUCUAUUUAAAUUGUGAGCUAAAGCUUGUACCAAAGAUGUUUGAGAGAUAAAAUUAUAUUGAAUUAGUUUCUUAAAACUCAAUGCUUAGCAUCACUCAACAGAAAAUAAAGCCUAAUUCUAGAUGAAUCUAUAAACAAUUUUAGUAUAAAAUCAGUGAAAUUAAUAUCAAUAGAAAAUGCAGCAUUCCUUCAGAAAAUCUUUUAAAACAUAACAUGAGAACAAUGAGCUAAACUAUUAUAGUAUGAUUGUGUUAAACACAGAAAUGUCCAUAAACAAUUGACUGUCUUCUGGAAUAGCUAAAGCCAAGCACAAAGUAGUUGCCUAAACUGGAAAACUUGAAGAUCUGUUACUGGUUCUCAAACUUUCAUAUAACUAAUUGCAGUGAAAAUAUAGGUGGGUUUACCUUUGGUAUAGAGUUUGUAGUACUUUUCUCCAAUUGAGGCAGAAUCAAAUCUUCAUACAAAUGUAUUAAGUUGGAUACAUAACUUGUGUAUGUCAUUUAAUUUUGUUCCUCCAGGUAUGCUGAUUCUCUAUGGUUCAAAAGAAUACUUUCUGCUUUCCCCUUUAAAUCAACAGUUUUGGAUGAAAAUCACAGAUGUUGCAUGAAAUAUGUGGCAAAUAGAUUAAAUAAUUUUUGCUACUGAACAAAAUGUACAAAAAUUUAUAAGUGUCCUUUUCCAAAGAAACAAGAUUUUGUCUUUUCUGUGGCUCAAAGUAGCCACAAAAAUGGCUUUAGAUAUUUAUCUGCAGCUUGCAAGAUUAAAUGCAAUCUGUUAGAAUUCCACUCCUUUAAAAAAUCAGUACAUACAACUUCUGUGUUCAUGUGACUUAUAAAGUACAACUAAAUACAUUUUUGAAUGGUGUUAACUAUGUUUGAUAAGUCUGUAGACUGUGAUCUCCCUAAAUAAAGUAAACAGGAUUUUUGUGUCUGCAAUAUGGUUGUAGUGUUGGUAAAAGAACUAAUAAGCAGAAAAUAAAACAAUUAUACAGCA